AUAAUAAUAAUAAUAAUAAUAAAAUUCUACUACUGACUAAUGACCCUACUACUAAUCUGCCGAUUUGCUCAUAUUUCUAAUUUACACAAAUUUGAUCUAAUCUCAAGGGUGUGUCCAACUGAAAUAAAUAAGAAAAAAAUUAUUAGGAAAUUAAUGAUCUACUAUUUUAUCUCAUCCAAUGAAUGAAAAUAAUGUUUGGUAUCUGCUUCAAUCAAGGUUUAUAUAAAUACCUUGUCAACUGGUUAAUGUUUCGAUCUUUAAAAUAAUAAUUUUGAUCUGUUUCCAUUAUUAUUUAAAAUGUCUUGUUUUCGAUCAGAAGAAUCUAGAGAACAACAACGAAUAAGUCGAGAAAUUGAACGUCAAUUACAUAAAGACAAGAAUACAGGAAGAAAAGAAGUGAAAUUAUUAUUACUUGGGACUGGAGAAUCCGGUAAAAGUACUUUUGUAAAACAAAUGCGAAUUAUACAUGGAGCUGGUUAUACAGACAUGGAAAAAUAUGCUUUUAAAACUUUAGUAUAUCAGAAUAUCUUUCUAGCCAUGCAAACAAUGUGUGAUGCACUGUGUGCACUUUCAAUAGAAUUAGAAUAUCCUGUAAAUCAAGAAAAUAUAGAACUUAUCAUAAAAGUUGAUCUUGAAGAUUCUGUUGAACUGACACCUGAACGUAUCAAUGCUAUACGUCAGUUAUGGGCUGACCAAGGAAUGAAAGAGUGCUAUGAACGUAGAAGAGAAUUUCAAUUGUCCGACUCAUCGAAAUACUAUUUGAACAAUUUUGACAGAAUAGCUGAUCCAGAUUAUUUACCAAGUCUACAAGAUAUUUUACGUGUACGUGUACCAACAACUGGUAUAAUUGAAUACCCGUUCAAUUUGGAUUCUACGGUUUUCAGGAUUGUGGAUGUGGGCGGUCAAAGAUCAGAACGAAGAAAAUGGAUUCAUUCCUUUGAAAGUGUAACUUCUAUUAUAUUUUUAAGUGCAUUAAAUGAAUAUGAUCAAGUUCUUGUAGAAAAUAAAAAUGAGAAUCGAAUGGAAGAAAGUCUUCUACUUUUCAAAACUAUUAUAAAUUACGAAUGCUUUCAAUCAUUGUCAAUUAUAUUGUUCUUGAAUAAAAAGGAUAUUUUGGAAGAGAAGAUACAAUAUUCACAUUUGGUUGAUUACUUCCCGAAAUUUACAGGUCCUAAAAACGACGCAAUAGCUGCACGUAAUUUCAUACUAAAAAUGUAUCAAGAAUUGAAUCUAAAUUCAGGACGACCAAUUUAUUCACAUUUUACUUGUGCUACAGAUACAGAGAAUAUUCGUGUUGUUUUCGUAGCUGUAAAGGAUACUAUAUUACAAACAAAUUUAAAAGAAUUCAAUCUUGUUUGAGUUUUACGCGCCAGAAUAGUGGAUGUUGUCAUAUAGCUAGAAUUCAAUGUGUACUAUGGGAUUCUUGAUAAUUUGUUUAGCCAUUUCAAAAAUAUAUUUCUCAUCAAAUCAUUAAAAAAAUAUGAUC